GGAUCAAAAGUUCAAAACCUCUUUACUUCUUCCAAACCAAAGUACGGCCACCUCUCCACUUGUCAUCGUAACAGUUCUCUUGUCCUUCACAUCCAAACUCAAAGAACCUUCCUUUCCUCCUCCUUCUCCCCAUCUCCAAAAACAGCCAAAGUACCAAUCUUUCUAACACAGUUUGCUUCUUCUCCCAAAUAUACCCUUCUCAAACUCCACAAAAACAGAAACCCAGAAGCCAGAGCACUUGUUUAUUCGCUUUUGUGUCUUGUUUUUCCUGUUUUGCAGCAGCUAUGGCAUCUUCACCAUCACCUAAGAAAAACCCACCAACAGAAUCCGCCGUGGUGGUUCAAGUCCAACCCCCUUCCCCACGUUUACAUGUCACCACUCCAACAACUGGUGCUCAAAGAAGAAUAGGAAUUGCUGUUGAUCUCAGUGAUGAAAGUGCUUUUGCUGUCAAAUGGGCUGUUCAAAACUACUUACGUGCUGGUGAUGCAGUGAUCUUAGUCCAUGUUAGCCCCACAAAUGUUCUUUAUGGUGCUGAUUGGGGUUCGUUGCCAAUUAAAGAGAAUUACAAUCUAGAUGAUCAAAAUGAAGAGAAUCAGCAAAAGAUUGAAGAGGAUUUUAAUCUGUUUACAAGCACCAAAGCUAAUGAUAUAGCACAGCCUCUUGUUGAUGCAAACAUACCCUUUAAAAUUCAUAUUGUGAAGGAUCAUGAUAUGAAAGAAAGGCUUUGUUUGGAGGUUGAGAGGUUGGGGUUCAGUGCUGUGGUAAUGGGGAGUAGAGGGUUUGGUGCUUCAAGGAAGAGUAGUAAAGGGAGGUUAGGGAGUGUUAGUGAUUAUUGUGUUCAUCAUUGCGUUUGCCCUGUUAUUGUUGUGAGGUUUCCUGAUGAGAAAGAUGGUGGCGCUGGUGAGGAGUCAGAGAGGGACGGUGGGGCGACGUUGUGUACGGUGAUGGAGGAGGAGCAGGAAGAGCACGACAUGGAUGGUAAACAAUCAGCGAACAAGAGAGACAAAUGAUUGCAGAGGAAGAUAGUUGUGGUGGCCCAAAGAGACUGCUGACAUGGCUGCAGCUUCUUGAAAGGAUAGAUGAGAUGUUCCAUGCGUCCUGUUGGUUGCAUGAUCAUGUCUUUGAAAAAUGCUUGGUAGUACUGUUCUCUGUCAGCUUAAUACUCUACCUUUUGAAAUGUGCAGUUUACUUAAAUGUGUAGUUUGGAUGAUGGAUCGGUGAUGAUGAACUGUUCCUUUGGAGGUCUUAGUGUAAAUAGGUUGCCCUUUUUUGAUGGACUGGUGAAAUAUCUGCUAAGAACCUCAUCUACUUGUAUGCAUAUUUGGUUUUCUUUA